ACUUAAUUAGUUACUGCUUGUUUAGAACAGUAUGGCUCUUCCGAUUUUUUUUGUGCUUCUGGUCAUAGGCAUCCAAGCAUUUGCAGCAAGCGGGUGCGUCGAGACCGAGAGAAAUGCACUGCUGGCUGUCAACGUGGGCCUCACUGAUCCUGGCAACCGCCUGUCCUCGUGGGAAGGCCAAGACUGCUGCAAAUGGAGGGGAGUUGUUUGCAGCAACACAACCGGUCAUGUUCUGAAACUCAACCUGCGAAACUCCUAUAACGAUGUUAAUAAAAGACCGUCGCCGGCUUUGAGUGCUGAAGGGACUCAAAUUGGCUUCCUGCAAUCUGGGACCGAAAUUUCCUCCUUGGCUGCAAGGACAGACCCAACUCGGAGAGAUAAACUUGUCGAAAACUAAAAUUGUAGAUACACUUCCUGAUUGGCUUUGGAAUAUGUCCAGUUCCUUAGAAGUAAUCGAUCUCUCGUAUAACCAAAUCAAAGGAAAAUUACCAUUGUCAUUGAACCGUGUCAUGCUACGGUAUCUAAAUUUGAGCUCAAACCAGUUUGAAGGCCCAUUGCCAGCUCUUCCGCAAACUCCUACUGUCCUGGAUCUGUCCAACAAUUUUUUUUACGGGACCGAUACCAAACUCUACGCUAUCGAGUUUAGAGUAUUUGCUUCUUUCUAAUAAUAGUUUCGACGGCAAUGUACCAGUCUCUUUAUGCGAAUCAACUUCAUUAAUAGUUCUUGAUAUAUCAAACAACAAGCUAUCAGGAGAAAUUCCUCCGUGUUUAGGGAUGUCGCAAGAUCAGCUUCUUAUUCUGGAUACGAUGAACAAUAAUUUAUCUGGACAAAUUCCCGCCUCCCU